UUUAGUAGCAGCGACUUGAAAUAUUUUUUUAAAUACAUUACGAAAAUUUAUAUUAUACGAUGCUUUUGAUAUAGUUUCUUGUAAUAGAGAGUAUUGUUAGAUUUUGGAAAUGUGGCAAAUUGUUAUGUAUUUGGUGUUUUUCACUUUCACUGUUCUGACUCACGUGCUUCCCGGGCCUGCAAAUCCUUAUCAGCACGGACCUCAUUACACUGUAAGUAACGAACAUAAGCAGCCAUUCAUAGAGGUGCGGAAUGCAACGUACCACGGCAGUGGACCCCGCGAAGAAGCGCGAGCCAUGUGCUCCGUGAAAACACAGGAAGUUAACGCUACUGCUAAUGCAACGAUAACAAGACGACUACACGGCGUCGUUACUUCAAGAGAGCUUCACAGUGCUGUGCAGCGGCUAGAAGUAAUUAUUUUCGGUCAAAUGCAACAGCUGUGGCAAAGCUUGGACGCACUUCGUGCACAAGUCGCUGGUGAAUCCCGAGUUUCAUAUCCUGAUCGUCGAAGCGUCGUUUUUAGAUAUAAACCAUAGUUCUUAACAAUAAGCAAAAACAGAAAACUUCAUUGAAUGUUCAAUGUUUUGUUUAAUUCGUUGAAUUAAAUUAUUUGAUUGCACAUUGGCUAUUUCACUGCAAUA